UCAUUGGGUCAGGACUGGCGCGGAAACCCAAUUUUGCUCUGGAAGCCCACAGUGGAGCCCGAAAGCGGCGGCGAGAGGUUCCUGACAGCCCAGCCGUACGAUCUGAUGGUUCGGAGGAAAUUCAAGCAGGUCCCCUUCGUCCUAGGCGUAACGCAAGACGAAUUCGGUGGAAUAGUGGCCUAUUACGAGCAGGACAAGAGGAACAAUGGCACCCUGUACAAAGAACUGAACGACAAUUGGAACCGACUCGCCCCUAUUAUAUUCUAUUACGAACGCGACACGCCUAGAUCGAACUACAUCAGUAACGAAUUACGUAAAUUCUACUUCGGCGACGAACCGAUCGACACGGAUACCAUCGAAGCACUCUCGCGCGUACGUAAAACGUUCAUUUGUUCGAGGAGGAUAUCUCAAAA